AUGUUGAAAGACUUACAACGAAAACAAAUCAUCAAAUCAACGAAUGAUCCUGAAGUUAAUAACUAUAUCAUUAGUUCUCAACGAUUCAAUUCAUUGAAGUUUCUUACUAAUGUUCAUUCUGAUUCCAGUAUUGAAGAGUUAUCUCGUUCUUUAAGUUACUUGGAGAAUACGAUUCGAGGUCAAACUAAUGAAUUGAUUGGAGCUAUUGAUUCUAAUUUUAUAAAUUUUAUAAAUUGUAAAGGAGCCAUUGAUGAUAUAUUAGAAGAAUUCAAACAUCUGAAAACUAAGAUUCAACAAGAUUAUGAAAGUUCCAGAGUUUUCAAUCCUCAACAACGUCAACCUACUAGAAAUACCAAAGAUGAUUCCUUAUCUUCAGAAUUAGAAGAAGCGAUUAAGAAUUUGAAUUAUACUACCAGUAGAAUGAUUCAACCUGUGAUUGAAAAUAAAAAUAAAGAACAUAAAUUAACUAAAUUAAUAGAUUUUAUAAAGGGAAAUCAAUUCUUUUUUGAUUUACCCAGUGUUUUAAUCAAUCAUUUAUCAAAUCAUAAUCAUGAUCAAUUCAUUACCGAUUAUAAUAAAUUCCUUCAAGAGAAACAAAGUUUCAUUAUGGCAAGAAAUACCCUGUAUAAAGGUGAAUUAUCCCGUUUAACCAAUGAAAAUGAUGAUGCCGGUAUCAAACAAUUGAAUCAAGAAACGGAUAUGAUAACGACCGCCAUUAACAAAGUGUUUUCUGAAGUGGAUAAUAUCACUCAACAAUAUAGAAAGAAAACAUAUACUGAAUUAUUAUCAUUAGAUCAUGAAGUAACUGAUCAUACGAGACAUAUGAAAGUAGGGAAUGAUAAAUUCUUAGCAUUAGUGGAAACUAUUCAUAGUUUGGAAAGUGAAACUGAUUCCACUAAAGAAAAUCCCGUAUAUGAAUUCUUAUUAGCUCAAUUAUCUAAUAUUGAUAAAGAAUUAGAUCAUCAAAUUGCUAAAUUUGAUAGUAAAUUCAGAAUGAUGCAAAUGAAAUUAUUAGAUUCUAUAACUAUUGAUCCUUCAAGAAAGGAUGGAUCUCAUAUUAGAUAUAUUGCUGAUAAAUAUUAUACUGCUAAAAGUGGUAUUGUCGCUUCUAAACAAAGUACAGCUACUAAACAUAAUAGUCAAUCUAAUCUUAAUAAUAAUGAAAAUGAAAUCAAAUUCAUCAUGGAUAUCUUUAAUAAUACCGAUAAUCUUGAUUUAUCAUUGGUUAAUGAAACUUGGUUGGUAUUAAAUAAUUUCAUUGCUUAUUUAGAUGAUUUAUUCUUAAAGAAUUUAUCUAAAUUCGUUAAUAAUUAUAAACAUUAUUAUAAAUUAAAUAAUAUUGAUGCUCAAGGAAAGAUUAGAAAUAAUUUCAUUAACUUGAUUAAUAAAGUUUCAUUAGUAUUGGUCACCUUAUUUGAAAAUGAUAAUGGUGAAGUUGAUGCUCAAUUAGAAUCAUCUCCAUCGAAUUAUAAAUUAUUUUUACCUCAUUAUACCAAUUCAUUAUCAUCAAUCUACUAUAUAACCAAUAUCAAUUCUAAAUUGAAUAAAUUCUUUACUAAAAUAGGAGAUUUUUCAGGAUUAAUUGGUAAUUUAAGUAAAUAUAAUGAUACUUCAAAAGUGAUUAAAACUUUAAAGAAUGCUUCAUUGAAAGUUAAUCAAAAGUUAAUUGAAGCAGUAUGUGCUACAUGGAUUAAUGAUUGUUCUCAAUUCUAUGAAUUACAAGAUUGGAAAACUGAAUCAGAUGAUAUUGAUGUUAAAAAUGGUAAUGAAGAUGGAGCCAUCUAUACUUCUAUGAUGUAUAUUAUUGAAUACUAUCAAACUUUCAUCCUUAUGAAACUUGGACAAUUAAUCUUUCUUAAAGAAGACACUCUGUCUGAAUUCAGAAUUGUUCAAGCUUAUCCAAGUAAACGAACAUUAAUGAGUAUUGAAAUCCAAUUCAUGAGAAGUUUAAAUAUUUUGGUUGAUUCUAUCAUGAAGAAGUAUAAUAUUGAAAGAAACUUAAUUGAGAAUGGUAAUGAUAUAAACGGGAAGAAACCAAAUGAAGGAAGUAGAAUAUUAAAUGAAGCAUUUAAAGUAUUAACCAUGAAUGAUCUUGAAAAAUUAUCGAGAAUAACUUAUCCAAAGAUCAUUAAAAAGUAUGAUGAAAUCUUUCAAAAUUCUUUACAACAUCAAAAAUUGAAGUUAUUUGCUGAUAUUGAUAAAGCUCAUAUAACUAUUUUUGAUGAUAUUAUCACUCGUGAAAAGACAUUGAUUAGUUAUGAAAUCAAUUCAUAUUUCCAGAAUCCAAAUCGUCCUUCGAAAACUGGACAUCCUCAACAACAACAAGAAUUACAUAUUGAUGGGUUUAUAUUUUUAAUAUUAAUCCAUUUUGUGAAAUUAAUUAAAAAAGUAAAACCUAUCACGGGGUUGAAUGUGUUUUUAAGUAUCAUAAAUGAAUUACAAUCAACCGUAUUGAAAUCUAUAUUAGAGAAUUUAAGAAUUACAUCCACUACUACCACCACAAAUUCCAAAUUAAAUUCAUUUGAGUUAAUCAAACUUAAAUUGGAUGUUAAUUUCUUCUUUAAGAUUUUUGAUAAAUCCCAAAAAUUACGAUUUAAUGAUUCAAACUUUAAAGUGUUAGAGAUUUUAAUCAAUUCUAUUGAUGAAAAAUAUAAUGAACAACAACAAGAUGAUCAUAAGGAUGCUUACCUUUAUACAGAUAAAGAAUUCAGAUCAAUCUUAAAUGAAAACUUACGAACUUCAGAACAUGAAUUUGAUUGUUUCUAG